UAGUCGAUUCGAUUGUCUUUCUCUGAAGGAAAUAAUAUAUUUGAGAUUUAUUAUUCUUAAUCAAACUUUAAUCUAUUUACGAUGUUAUUGUGAAUUUCUAAAACGCGACAAGUGUAAUAUUGUUGUGGCACAGGAUGUGGGUGCCGACUAAGUCUCCUAAAUUAGCAGUUGCUGUUUUCAACUGGAAGGGAGAUGUUCGGUCCGGGUUGCCGUUGGAGAUAGGAGAGACUGUGCAGAUAUUAGAAGAACACUCAGGAUGGUGUCGCGGCUUCAGCACGAAGGACAGAUCAGCAUGGGGCAUCUUUCCCCUCUGCGUGGUGUCCGUACGGCCAUGCACUGUAAAGGGUUCUGGACCAACGGCCAUUGCUGAGCUAAAAGACGAUCCUCUAGUUCGGGAGAUCGCUGUUGUGCUGAGAGAAUGGGCGCGACUAUGGAAGAAACUUUAUGUGGAACGCGAGACUUACCGGUUCAGCGCCGUGGCGAAAGUCAUGAGAGAGCUGCUCAGCGGCAGACGGGCGUUACUAGCUGGGACUCUAACACAGGACCAGACCAGGGCGUUGCGGCUAAAGCUCGUCGCUAAACUUGACUGGGGGAACCGGAAACUGGGCCUGGAGCUGGUGCCGCGGCGGGGGGCAGCGGCGGUGGAGCCGGAGGACAUGAGUCUGGUGGAACUAUACAGGGUACACGUAGAAAGUGCCGAGCGCGCCGCUGCGUGGCGUGGGACCCUUCGCCGCGCCGGCGGAUCAGGCAGCAGCUUCAACUCCGGAACCCUCACAAACACGAGUCUCUCCAACGGCCCCACCACAGUCCAAAGCCAUCACCUCAUGUGCAGCAUGAGGGACUUCGGCCAUACAGCCGGCGGGGACGAAGCGGAACUCUUACUUUGGCUGCACGAUGCGAGAAGAGCACAGCCUUUGUCAGAGAGGUUCAGAGUCAGGAUAGCGAGGGACGGCUUCUCGAACUAUGUUGACAGACUACACGCGAACAGCACCUUAUUUGCAGACCUGUCAACAACGGAUCUCUCCCGCGAACUAUGGCUGGUCGCGUGGGUAGUUCGCGUCGGGCGCUGGGCGGGCGCGGGCGGCGGCGGCAGCGGCACGGGCGAGCGCCGCGGCCCCGUGGCUCGGCGCCCGCUCGGGGCUGGGGUGCUGCCGCUGACAGAGUUCCUCCGGCAGCCGGUGCAGGGCUCGACGGAGAAAGAGUACACUUUCAAGGUAUACCAAAGCGAAGAAAAAGACUUUCAUCAGUUACACGAUAUGCUGAUUCGGAAGCAGACUAAUAAAUGUAAUGUUUUACCAGGACAACCGAACUAUGGCAUUGUAGUAGCAUUACGACUACUAACCAACGCGGGCAGCAUCAACGAAGCCGUCGCUUCAGGCGCGACGGUGACAGCCAAACGGGGCUUCCCUGACGUCAUCAUGCCCGGAGACGUCCGGAAUGACCUCUAUCUGACUUUAGAAAAAGCCGAGUUUGAAAGGGGAGGGAAGAGUACAGCGAAGAAUGUGCUGGCUACGGUCACGGUGCAUGACAACACUGGACAGACUAUUAGUGAUUGCGUAUGGGGUGCGAGCGGCAGUGGUGCGACACUGUACGAGUCACUAGUGCUGUACCAUAACAACAGCCCAGCGUGGGGCGAACAACUGCGCCUCACCGUGCCGCUGGAGACCUUCACACUAGCACACGUUCGCAUCGAGUUCCGACAUUGCUCAACACGCGAUAAGAACGAGCGCAAGCUAUUCGGGUUCUCUUUCGCCCGGCUGAUGGAAGCGAGCGGCGCGACGCUACGAGACGGCGCACACGAACUCUACGUUUACAAAUGCGACGAUCCCACCAAACUAGCAACAGCGAGCUACCUAUCACUUCCUUCGUGUAGUACUGAUUCAGCCCGCACGCCCACUAACGGCGUCGUGGUGUCUUUCCAAAGAAGUUCCAAAGAAAACUGUACCAUCAGCACGCUUUUAUGUUCUACUAAACUGACACAGAAUGAGGACCUACUGGCGCUGUUACAAUGGCGUGCGCGGCCAGAGAAGGUGCAAGAAACGCUUUUGCGGGUGCUGCGGUUGGGCGACGGACUCAGUUGUGAAGAGCUCAUCAAAUUUCUGAGAGACGUCCUCGACGCGCUCUUCGCACUCUUUUCCACUGAGGACGGGAACAGUACGCCGCACUCAGGAACAGUGUUCUUGGUGCUGGUUUCCAUCUGCAGUCUGUUGGACGAGAGUCGCUUUCAGCAUUUCAAGCCCGUGCUGGAUGUUUACAUCGAAGAGCACUUUUCAGCUGCCUUAGUGUACAAAGGUCUGCUUUCAUCAGUGCAACAUUGCGCCGAAUGGGCAGCCGGCGCCGAAGGCCAAGAACCAAUCAGAAAGUGUCUCCGCUCUCUCGGCGCGGUGUUCCGACUCGCUGUUCGUUCCCGACGACUGUUCGCGCGCGCCACGGGCGGACAGUAUGAAGACAGCUUUAGGCGGGACGUGCGCGCAGCGCUACAUGCGCUUAAGGCGCUCGCGCAGCAUCCGCAUAGAGACCAUCUAGCCCCAGCACAGGUGGCCCUAAUGACAUCAUGGGCGAGCGUGGCCAAAGAAGUGGCUUCAGCUCUGGGGCCGGUGGAAGCGGCCCGCGUGACGUCAUCGAUGCUGGACGCGCCCGCCGCCAGCUCGCCGCCGGCGCUCGCCAAGGCUCGCCUCGCCGCCGCGCAGGACAUACUCAAGGGGCCGCUCGGACAGGAUCCCGAGGCCCGCAACAUAGUGCUAACAACCGCAUGUCACCACCUCCGAGUCCACCUCGCCCGUCGCGACGAGCUGUCCCAAUGCGCUGAGAUGCUCAGCGAACUAGUCUCACUGUUAUGGAAGAAGGAAGACCCGGACGAAGCGGUCGAUCCGGAUGAACUAGAUCCAGAUGUGGAUGUUCUGUGCCUGAACACGCUGGAUGUACUUGUGGAGACUGUGCUGCAUUUGAUUGGAGGGAAUUCGCCAGUACUGGGAUCAAUGGUAGCUGAUUUACUCGGCUGCAUGGAGCUGCUGCGACCAGCCCACUACCAAAGGCUGUGGAGCCAUCUCGCCCCGCACCCACAGGACCGAAAGCCGCUCAAGGAUUUCCUCAUGCGGGCCUUCUUGGUGUUCCGACAUCUUAUCGAACAAGAUGUAUUUCCGGCCGACUGGAUGGUGUUGAGAGUACAAAGCUGCAAAGUACUACUUUCCGCACUACAAGAUUUGGCCAAGCCCUUAUUGGAGAGGUUCUUGGGCGAUGAGCCUCCGCAGUUUGAUUCUCAACUAUGGUCGGGGUACAUGGAGCUGGGCGUGGCGCUGGUGACGUCGAGCGCGCUGACGCCGGAGCGCUGGGCGGGGCGCGGGCCCGACCGGCCGCGCAUGCGCGCCGCCGCCGGCCUGCAGGUGCUGGCCGUGUGGGGCCGCCUCGGUAAAGCACAACUCCACCUAGUACCAGGCGCGGUCGGCGCCCUCCUGGAGAUAACUCUAGUGGGCGAGCUCCGCCGCGCCGCCCUCGGCGCGCUAGUGUCCCUCAUGGCGAUGGAGCGCGAGGCCACCGGCUCGGCGCGGCGCACGGAGGCCGCGCUCGUCGACAAACUGGACUCGCUCGUCGCCGACAACAAGGCCGACGACCACUACCGCCGGCUGUUCGACUGCGUACUUAUGGAGCGCGUAUCAACCGAGGGUUGGCGCGAGGCUGGCGCGGCGUUCGUAGGCUGCGUGACGCGCUUGCUGGAGAGGUUGCUCGACUACCGCGCCGUCAUGCAGGGCGCCGAACACCGCGAUAAGAGGAUGGCCGCCACCGUCAACCUUCUUAGCUUCUACAAGAACGAGAUCGACCGCAAAGAGAUGUACUUACGCUACGUGUACAAGCUGCACGAUUUGCACAUCGCGUCAGAUAACUUUGUUGAAGCCGGGUGCACGCUCUUGUUGUAUGCAGAAACAUUGAGUUGGGAAAGCGACCAAGUUGGUGUAGAUCCAGAAUACCCCGAGACACCGGAAUGGAAGCGAAAAGAAGCUCUAUACAAUCAAGUCUUACAGUACUUCGAUCGCGGAAAGUGCUGGGAAAAAGGUCUACCUCUGCUGCGAGAACUGGCAACCCUCUACGAACAGAAGCUCUGCGACUACGCACGUCUGGCUCACUGCCUGCGAACCCAUGCGACUUUCCUGGACUCGAUAUUGACUCAACUUCGCCCGGAACCCGAGUACUUCAGGGUCGGCUUCUAUGGAAAAGGAUGCCCGCUGUUUGUGAGAAACAAGCAAUUUGUCUAUCGCGGCUACGACUACGAGCGCAUCGGCGCGUUCACGCAGCGUCUGCAGUCAGAAUACGUCGCUGCACACAUUAUGAUGCGCAACACACCGCCCGACGACUCUAUCAUCGCUAACGACUCGCAAUACAUCCAGAUCUGCAACGUGAAGCCGGUGGCGGGCCGGCGGCAGUGGGGCUCGGGGGCGCCGGAGCAGGCGCGCCGGUUCUACGCGUGCAACGACGUCAACACGUUCCUGUGCGACCGCCCGCUGCACAAACCUCCCAUCGACAAGGACAACGAGUUCAAGAGUCUCUGGAUUGAAAGGACGACGCUGGUUACCGAAAACACGCUUCCCGGCAUUCUUAGGUGGUCUGAAGUUGUAUCAAGAUCAGUUGAAGAAAUUCCACCUGUUGAAUUCGCCUGCGAAACAAUGGAGUCAACGGAGCGCGAGCUCCGCGGCCUCAUAUCGCAGUACACCGCCGACCCGACGCGCAACAUCAACCCGUUCUCCAUGCGGCUGCAAGGCACCAUCGACGCCAACGUGCAGGGCGGCAUCACCAAAUACGAGCAAGCCUUCCUCACGUCCGAGUUCGCGCGGACUGCGAGUCCGAGAGAAGCGGCUGCGGCGGCCAAGCUCAGGCGCCUUGUGGCCUCGCAGCUGGCUGUGGUGGAUGCAGGACUUACUUUACAUGGACGACUGGCGCCUGAAGAUGUCAAACCUUUGCACAGGCGGCUCGUGGAACGAUUUAAUCAACUGAGGCAAAACCUUGGGCCUGGCUUGGCCAGAGCUAGGCGGCAGAUGUCAGAAAGCAUUGUCAACACGCCGCUACCGCCAGUGCCGCAGAUGGAUAAACGAUCGCAGAGUGUACAACAGAAUGACAACUACUAUGAGGAUGGCCAUCUCUAUAACAAACCUAUCUACUCGCUAGAGGACUGCGUCGAGCAACGACCGGAGAGCAUAAUGUCAGCGAGUUUGCCAUUGAGCGGUGAAAAGAGCGAUGGUGACGACUCCAUGAUCAAGUCCGCGCCGCCUCUACCAUCGAGGCCCAAGUCCGGCGACCCCAGGAGUCCUACUCGGCCUCCACUCGACAAGUAUCGCGAUUCGUUGGACGGCGAGGCGGUGGCGGUGGAGACCCGCCGCCACAGCCGCGCGUCGUGGAGCGAGCCCGGCGACGCGCCGCCGCUGCCGCCGAGGGUCUCAGGUUCGGCGCGGUCUUGGACGGAGAUGCCUCCGGCGGUGCCGCGGCGGGCGCGCGACGAGGCUCGCGGGGGAGGGGCGGGCGGGGCGGGCGGGGCGGGCGGCGACGACGCCAGGGACUCCGGAGUCAGCGUCGGCGCCGGCCUCGCCGACCACAACUACACCAACGCCGGGGACCAUCGUCGCCACCACGUUUCAGAUUUCGAUCUGACUGUGGAAUCUCUGCGCUACGAGGAAAUAAUCUCAAUGAUGUCGGAGCCGCUGCGCGUCGACGAGGGCGAGACCCCGCCGCCCAUCCCGCCCAAGGGGCUCGGCCACCUCAGCAGCUUCGACUCCGGACACCACGAAAACGGCGAGACCAACUGCUAAGCCCUUAGGUAAGCUGUUUAGGAGAACUUAUCUAACCGUUUAAAAAAAAUCAAAGGCUAGAGCUUCCUUAAAAACGCUAGAGCUCCAGCUUAAGCUUUAGUAUAAAAUAUCCUGCCAAACUAUAUUUUAAAUUUAGAUCCUGUGACAUCGAGAUUAAAGUUCAAAGUUGCUUCCCGUCAAAACGGUAGAACGAUUAGCGCCUGUAAAAAUAUGUAGCAAUGAUUUUAGGGCGCCAUAUUGCUUCUCAAGUUUACUCCGUCACUUCCUGCAACUCGUAACUUUAAGCUUGUAUUAUGAGAUAUUCCUUUUUAUUGGGUAAUAUCGUAUUCGCUAGAAAUAUAGCAUUAGUCAAUGUAUUAUUUAAUUAGGCAUGCAUAUCAUUCAUUUUAGAGGUGUGACUGCGAAGUGUGGUUUGUGACGGUUUAUUUCUUAGUGCUACCUUUAGUUUUUAACCGGGGCCAUAUAAUACGUGAUACAGAAUUAAAUAAAAACUCAGAGAUACAUCGCCAAAAUCGAAUAAAUCGUUCCACUAAUGUAGAUACGUGCAAUUCCGCCAUUUUAUUUUGCGGUAACAAAGAGAAUCAUUUUAGUGAUAGCUCUGAGAGUUUAUUAGAUAUAAGAAGAUUAUGACAUGGAGAUUUGUAAUAGGAAUUGUUUUAGUGUGUGCAGAUUUUUUCUCAAUAUAUUAUGCACAAAUGCUAUUAUUACAUUUUAUUUUAAUAUUUUAUUUUAUUUGAGAAUAAAUGUAUUUCUAUUUUUUUUUAGAAUUUGUAAUAUAAUUUAUAUGCAUAGAUUACGUGUACACCGUCAAACCUGGAAAAGCUAUUGUUGCUCGUUUGCUGAAAUAUUCUCCGUUGCUCUUAGUUUUGCAUUUUGACGUAGCUAUAUUAUUUUUCACCACACCAGCUGGUAAAGGCUCUCUUGAUUGCUCAAAAACUGAUAAGAAAGUGAGGCAAAGUAAUCAAAUGCAAAUUUUGAGUUGUUUUCUUAUGUUUUCUGGUAGAAUUGACUUUUAAAUGACGAUUUUGAAUGAUAAAUAUUUAAUAACAUUCAUUUUGAAUCGAUUUGCUUUGAUUUUGUUUAAUAUUUUACAGUUUAUAUUUUCCUUGUCUUGGUGUAGUGAAAAAUUUUACUAGGCCACGGUUAUUAGUUAUUUACGAAAAACUAUAAAGCACUGCGGACUCUAAUUAAACCAAGGGAUUUGAUAGUGUACCUACAUAGUAAAAUUAUGCUUAAGCGAGAAACAGUAUUUCAGAUAUAUGUUAAAGCUGGCAGGUUUCACGGUAUAAAGUUACACUUGAAUGUAGAUAUUCUUGUAAUAAUUUUAUAUGAAAUUAUUAACGCGCAAUCAAUUAUGUAGUUAAUUAUAAGACAAUUUUACUUUGUGACAAUAGAAUCCAAUGUAGUCUGUUUUAUUUUAAUGAUCUUCCGCUACUGCUCAACUAAAUUCAUGCCAUUUCUACUAAGGCUGAUUAAAAAGCAAUCUAAAUACAUGCAUUUUUUUAUUGCAUCAGAACAAUAUAGGCAAUAAUGAAGUCUUUAUAAUCCUACAUUGGCAACAAUUAAGAAAUUGGCAGCAUUACCCUUUUCCAGGCAUAGUACGAUUUAGCGACUACAUCCGCGCCAAUACAAUUUCAACUUUAGAAUUCCGAUUUAAGGUUCAAAUUAGAUCUCACUUUCGGGAAAAGUGACUUGUCUUGAAAUGAAUCAUCAAAGCUGGAAUAAUUGGAAUAUAUUUAGAUUUUUUGGGAAAACCUAGAUUGGUGCGGCCUGGAAAAGGGUUUUAAAUGAAUACAAUAGUGCUUAAAGAUAACAUUUGCAUGAGAAUGAAACGCUGUUGGCAGCAAGCAAUAAAAGGUGCAUCCCGUCUGUUCUAUAUGUCCGAGUACUCAUUACGAGUUUGAUCUCGAGUACCUACCCAGUGUUAUCUAUAUAACAAUGACUUUCUUUUUAUGGACGUAUGGGAAAUACCCGCAAUUUGUAGACCUCAAUAUGGUGCAAUUUUUUCAUAUUUUUUUAUACAUGAAAUUCUCACAGUGUUUUGAAGAGUUUAUACCAUCUUAUUACAUUUAAUGUUCUAACUAUAUGUAUUACUAGAUUGAUGUGAGAUAUUCCAAAUUAAAAGUGAUUUAGUUUUAGAUAAAUAGUAUUGUCAUUCAAUUUUUCGGCUUUAAGUUUAGAUCUCGAAUGUUUUAUGAAUUUAUCUUUGAGAUGACUUUAAAUUAACGCAUUUAUACAAAAACAUUUUUUAGGCAUUCUUUAAAAUAAAAUGUGCGAACAACACAUAUUUCCGACUUCUUCUUACACAGGUUUUCAUGAUAACGUGAUAUUUUUAUACGUUUCUAUUCAAUACUGUAGUUUUUUUAUCUUGUACUCUUAAGACCUAGCUGUUAAGUUGACGUUUUCAACGAACAAUAUACAUGUUUAUUCAUAUGUUAUUAUACACUUGUAACUCAUACAAUUUGGUUAGUAUUAGUACAUGCAUGUUGGUAUAGUUAGUAAGCAAUGGACACUUAUCUAUUUGAUGUUCGGCAUCAUAACCAAGUAAUAAAAGGUGUUCCUAAAUGUGAUUUUUCAAGUUUGUUUCUUUGAGCCAUGUAUCUUAUCGAAGAUGAUCAAAGCUCAUCGAGACGCGUAAAACAAUAAAAUUAUGUUGAACAAGCAAUAAAACAGUAUGAGCUAACUAGGCAGCUAAAAUUGAGUCGCUUAACUUCAAACUCGAGUAAAUCCAUCUGUCAGAUUACCAAUGCGAUUUCGGUAUUAAGAAAAUGUAAUAGGGUAGAAAUUUGCUGAGAGGGUAAAAUGGAUUUACCCGAGUUUCAAGUUAAGCGACACAAAUUGUUAAAGGUGGUAAACUAGAAUUACUUGGUCCAUAUUAAGCACCAAGCUACCUUCUACUAGAAAAGUCUCGCACAAAUACCUCCCAAACAGUUUAAUUAACGUGGUAGUGCUGUUGUGGAAACAGGAAUCUGCAAGCGGUUCAACAUAUUGUGAUUAAAGCCAUCAUAGCGUGUCUAAGAUUAGGUUGGAAACAAACUAAAAAAUAUAUCUAACUUUUUAUAUAUGAUUAAUCGUAAAUGCAGUCGGACAUAUUAUGCGCAUAAUCCUGCACGUUGAAAAAAAUAAACGAUACACGAUAAAGAUUUUGAAAACGGGUAGGAAUAAUUUUAUUUUCCACCAACUGAACGAUAAUAUAAAAUACAAAUGUUUAACCUUGGCGGUGAAAAAAUACUGUUUUUUUAUAAAAUAGUUUAUUGAAAACAGAUUUACAAUAAUGGAAUGUUUCUUUUUUUUGCGCCCGGUGCUUAAUAUGUCUAACUCAUCGGUUAUACAAUGAAAUUUCAAUUAAAUAUGUAUUUAUGUUUCUGUGCAUAGUAUCAGGCUUAACAUUUUUAAUAAUGACUAAGUUACCUAUGUAAGUUGGGAUGAACUUGACUGAAAUUAUUGAUAGUUUGUAUGUAAUGUACACAAGUGAUUAUUGUAUUACUUUAAUGUAUCUCAUUAGGAUAGACUAUUAUCAUUAUUCCAUGUAGCUAAAACAUUAUUCGUAAUUAAACCAAAAAUUGAUUCGGCUAUUUUUGUAAACUUAACUAUUCUUUGGAUUCCUUAUUUAGUAAAUAAAUCGAUUAUUUCGCAUAGAUGCUACGGUCUUCCACUAAGAUUUCUACAGACUGUUCGAACUUCCUAUAGGCUAUUUUUAUGGCACUGAUUGAAUUUUGCACUUAACUAUUUCUAUCGUCAAAAGUAUGUCUCGGCGUUAUAUGAAUAUAGUGUAAAAGCAGCGAGGCGACAUAACGAUCGGGCACUAACCUUAACUACGUUUAUUUGGUGUUUUUGAAAUACUUAUUGAUAUUGUCGAUAAGACUUGUACAUUUAUAAAGUCAAGAAAUACCUACAAAUCUCCAGCUGAUAUAAGUCGCAAUCAGUAUUAUUGAUAUUUUAAAAUAAUAAUAACAUUUCGUUUGGCUGUAAGAACUUUAACUUCACUGUUUAUGAUUGGUGUAUAAUGUGGAUGGAAUGAUUGGUGUAAAAACUAGCGUCUAGUGGAGGCCAAUGCAAUGUUAAGUACAAAGCUUAGUCUUAAAUUAAAUGGAAAUUAUUAAAUAGUGAAGACAUGUAGCCAUUUGUAAUUGAAACGGUCUAUAUAAAUAUAUAGAAUGGAUCGU